CGUACUUCCCUGCCGAGCAAGGACGUUUUCUUCUGCAUGACUUGCAUCCUGGACUCGGCCGCCAUCGAUGCCGGCUCUCCUUCUCCGAGCGAGGUCCCCAUGGACGAACCGAUCUCAUGCCCCGUGGCUGCUACAAAGUCCUUGGAUCUGUCGUUCUUUGUCUCGUGCACCAACUUGACCUUGGACGUCCCCGACGGUGCCAACUCUAGCAUCGUCAACCUCACCCAUCAAACGAUGCAACGAGGGUAUGCGCUGGCCAAGACCAUGAUGCGCAAGGACUCGUCCUCGUCCCCUCUAUGGGAUGGCUCAAUCUACUGCCAGGUGACUGCACACCGCGGCUCCGAUGGGAAUGUGCCGCUCACGUUCCGCACAGAAACCCUACAAAAGUCAUCGUCCCCGCGCUUUGUCGUGGGCAUUGUACUGCCUGCCGCCGACCUGUCGCCGUCUGACACGGUGGAGUUCCAAUUGUUGUCUACCCAGGUCGAUUUUCGAGCCAAGCAGGCCACCGUGGAGCUGGCGACCACGGGGUUGGUACCUCUCCGUUUGCUUUUCGACGCCGCCGCUCAAUCUGGCCAGCUCAGCCUUCCCUUUAUCCAGCAGCUCCAGGGCGGACAGUCCUCAGCCACCGAUGGCACUAGCGUCGAUGAAGCCGAUCACUCCGCCGUACGACCUGAGCCUCUCCAGCCCACGAACAUGUUGGAACUAGUGUGGCCGCAUGUCGUGUCGGCAGCCACCAUGGCGCCGUUCGUACAAACCCACCGCACCCUGUAUCGAUGGCCCCAGCAACACCAAUCUGCGACAACGUUUUUUGACGAACGCGUGGCCGAAUCGUGGCUUUGUGCGACACUGCCACAGCAACUCUUGGCCCAAUCCAGGGACGAUAUCACGCAUCAAAUCAUGGCGUGGCAAGCUGUGCGGGCUCGCGCCGCGCUCGCUGAAUGUUUGUUUGACGAUGUCGCAUCCGGCUUGGCGCAUGGCUGCGAUGCGGUGCAAGUAGCCGUGCACCGUGCACGAGGGCUGCACCUAGGCAAUGCGCCGCCCCCAUUAACGUCGUCCGACUCGGUCACCGCGACGCUCCGCACGAGCAUGUUUGCAUUGGCCAAAUCAGUCAAAUCAUCAGCAAUUUCCAAGCUCCGAACGAAUAGUACCAAUGAAAACAUUCACGCGUAUUGCGAACUGCAGUGGUGUGACCCGCCCAUGAUGAACCCCUCGACCAUCGGGCGAACUAACACCAUCCUCAACAACCCCGAGCCCCGGUGGCGCCCAGAUCUACCCUCGGUGAAACUCCGUAGCCGCAUCGUGGACGACUCAGUGUUUGAAUUCUAUCGACCUAGGAAUGACUCGAUGCAAGGGUUUCUAGACUGCCACGUGUUAGUCGACCCAGCCAAAGGAACGAGUGCAAAAUCCAGUCGAAAAUCUCAUGUGUCGCUGGGCGUGGCGAGGCUGCCGUUAGCGCAGCUGCGCCAGGUAGUAGUCGAGGGGGGUAGUAGUACUAGUACCACCUACUACUUGUUCCAAGACUGGGUGCGGCUCCACCAACGGGGGGACGACCCCGACGGUUUGUGUCGGUGCGACGAUGGCGGCACUUGUGUUGGCGAAGUGGACGUCCAUCUAGCAUUGACUCGAGCGAGUCCCAUACAUGCAAAUCCGCCGCCGCCGCCGCCGGUCGUGAUGGCCGAGAGGCUGCCGUGGCUCCAGGCUUCGAGUCCAUUAGCGUUGCUCCCGAUGCUGGUACCGUCCACGACAUUUAUAGACAAGCAUAUCGCAGCCUUGAUCGAGCACAAGGCGACUUUGGACAACCUUAUCGCGAUCUCUCAGCAAUGGGUGACGGAGGCCAAAUCGACCCGGUUCAAAUCAAGCCAUGAUAAAAAGUCGAGCUCACUUCAACACAUACCCACAAAUUUGCACGUGAGCUGGCUCCACCACUGGUCUACUUCCCCUUGUACUUGUUCGACCCUGUCGACAGUGUCAUGCGGUAUACCAGCAGCCCACGCGCUAGGCCUAGACACGGACUUGGUCCAAUUGAAUGACCUUCUCACGGACCUAGCCGAAGACUGUGUGGCACUUCAUGCGUCCAUGUCUGCCGCCGAUCGGGCAUCCUUUGGGGUCUCGGGCUUGUCCAACGGGUACGAUGAAUCAGUGGAAGCGUCUCCUGCCACGUCACUGCCCCCCGACGUCGCGCCGCGGGCGAUGGCAUCCCGCCUCAACUCGCUCUACUCGUCCGCCAAGCGCAACUUACCCCCCGUUCCAUCGGCCUUCAAAUCCGCCACAUCCCUUGGGGAUAAUCACCACCAGACAGCGCCUUCCCCCCUCACAAGUCUGUGGGCCCGAGCCCUCCAACUCGAAGCAACGCAUCAACUCCGCAAGACUAUGGUGGUGGCGCAGGCUUUAACGGCGCUCACUGCCGCGUUCCAGUCGGCAAUUGUCAUGACGAUGCAGCAAGGGCCAGUGGUGUGGGCGGACCGGCUCGCGCUGUGGCAACGUGUGGGAUUUUUGUGUGGAUGGGAGAGUUUGGUGAGUUCGCAGGGCAAAGAGUUGCAUAUGCUCCACGACGCCCAAGUUGGCAUCUUGGCGUGCCAGCAAUUCCAGUUUCAAUUGGUACCAUCUAAUACUGAUGACGUGGCAGUCUGUGGGAAAAUCGUCCAAGUGCCCGUGGACGGGCUGGAUGUGGGGGGAGGAGAUCCGAUUCCGAUUGUGUGUGUAUUGUUUACCCAAGGCAUCAACGAAAUGCAAAGCCUCGCCAACAUGUCGGCCCAUCUUGGCGGCGGCGGCGUAGUGUCGACGCAAUCUCAAAUCAACACGACCAACUUGAUUGCGUUACAUGAGUACCACCAAGCUGCUACCAAGGCGAGCCACGUCAUUUCUGUGGACACUGACCUGGACCAGCUGCGGGCCGCCGUGACCCACGAGAACGGCGCCAGUAAAAACACCCACAUAUUGCACUUGGCGGCCCGGGUCGUUCGGGCAUUGGGCGGGGCGCGGGUCACGUGCUGCAAAAGCGGCAAAGAUCGAACGGCUAUGAGUGUGACCUGGGAACAGGCGGCUUGGGCCUCGUCGUUGGACCAGAUGCUGCAAACAGAAAACGACGACGACGACAAGAGUGAUAAGGAUGUGCUGGUGCUGGCUAACCUCAUGCGCGAGUUUGGCGUGCGAUUGGAUGUGGCGCAUAAGAACGUCGGACACAAGCGAUACUCGUUCAAUGCACUGCAGCGGAAACUUCUGCCGCCCAUGUACCGCCCGCCCGUGUCGACGAUUCAAGACAUGGUCACGUCCGUGGCCCUUCGAGAUUCCUAGUGGAAAUAUAGCGUGUGACCUAGAUUAGUACUACAAUAAAUACUACUAGUACUACUACUAGUAUAUGCAACAAGAGUGGUGUUGGUUUGGUUUGGAUGGG